UGCAGUUCUCCGUGUGCUGGAUGCUGGUGAUCCUAUGGGUGGCACCGACUGUGGAGAGCUGUCCUGACCUCUGUAAAUGCUCCAGGAAGUCUGGUCCAGAAAAGUCAGAGGUCAACUGUUACAGGACGGGUCUUCUGGAUUUCCCCUCCGAUCUGCCUGCUGACGCUUGGAUCCUCAAACUUGGUGAGAAUGGUAUCACGGACCUGAAGGCUGACGUUCUGAGAUCAACUCCAAAGAUUGAGAGUGUCAACCUGGACCGAAACGUCAUCGAUUCCAUCCACCCUCAGGCCUUCUCCGGUGCAAAACAACUUAUGCUGCUCAAUCUUUACAGCAACCACAUCACCAGCCUUCCACCGAGGGGAUUCCAGGACCUCCUGAACCUCCGCUUCCUCAUGUUGGGACAGAACCAGAUAGGCGUCCUCAAAGCUGAGAUGUUUGCUGGUUUAAAGAACCUGUCAGAUCUUGAUCUUCCUCUCAAUGCGCUCACCUCUCUCCCAUCAAAUGCCUUCAAGCCUCUCACCGCCCUCAAAGUUCUGGACCUUUCUAUGAACCUCAUUCAGAGGAUGUCUCCCAAGGCCUUCAAUGGCCUCAGGCAGCUCAUGUUCCUCAACUUGGAUAAUAACAGUCUGAAGACCGUUCCUCCUGGAGCCUUCAAACCGCUGCAAUCUCUGGAGAUGUUGGUCCUGGACAACAACCUUCUGUUCUCACUGAGGCCGUCAUCUUUGGAUGGCCUGGACAACCUACAGGAGCUCUACCUGAGGAAGAACAAUCUGGAGCACCUGCCACCUGAUGUGUUCAGGAGCAUGCCCAAGCUUUCUCAGCUGGCUCUCAGUGGAAACCGCCUGAAGACAGUGGAUGGAAACAUGUUCACCCAUAUGCCCAACCUGAAGAAGCUGCACGUCCAUGACAAUCCGUGGCGGUGUGACUGUAACCUCAGCUCCUUGGUGCAGUGGAUGGGACAGACCAAGGCCACCCUGUCUCCUCGGACUGCCCUGAAAUGCUUGAGCCCUCCAGAGCUCCAAAACAAGAGCCUCGCCAGCCUCAAGGACGACCAGCUGCUCUGCCGUGCCUAGCGCCAGAAAACCAUGAAGAAGACCACGGCCUGGGCUCUGACCUUAAGAGAUUCAGAUAACAAACUUUUAUUCAACAACAUUUUUUAGAGUGAACUUGUUUCUUGUCUGAUUUCUUAAAGCUGCAAUGUAAUCAAUAGAUUUCACUGAAAUAUACUGUUCUUCUUUAUGAGCAACAUAUCGACGUUUUAAGCUAGAAAUCUUGCAUGAAAUAUUAGCCUUUCCUGAAACUUUGGCUUUACCUCCAUGUAUUUCAAGUUUAAAGCCAAAAGAUAUUGAUGUGAUUUCAACCCAUGCUGGACCAUGAAA